AUGGGGAUGUCCAGAUCCUUCCUGCUCUGCCUGUUAGGGGCUGUGCUCUGCCUGACAGGUACCCAAACAUGUUCUUCCUCAGAGUCCCAGGCCUUGCAAUGCUUCAACUUUGAACACACCUACUAUGGGCCCUUUGAUCUCAGUGGAAAGACGCUCCCCACCGCUUCCUGUCCCAGCCAUUGCUUUGAGGCGGUCAGUUCAGUCAGCACGGGAUAUCGCUCCUCGGUGACGCUGGUUAAAAAGGGCUGCUGGUCGGGCGCGCCGUCCGGCCAGAUGGAGGUGAACCAUAACUCGCUGCCCCCGGACUUCUCCGUGGUGCGCGGCUGCUCCUCCGACCUGUGCAACGUCGACAUCCUGAGCCACGACAGCCUCCCCAACCUGAGCCCAGCGCCCGACCCCCCAUUGCUCAGCGGCACCGAGUGCUACGCCUGCGUGGGGACCUCGCCGGAGGAUUGCACCGCCAACAAGUCCCGGCGGGUCCAAUGCCACCUGGAUGAGAGCGUGUGCUUCCGGGGCAAUGGCCGAAUGACCAUCGCCAAUACGUCAGUCCCGGUGUACAUCAGAACGUGCCACCGGCCCUCCUGCACCAUCGAGGGCACCACCAGCCCCUGGACGGACAUUGACCUCCAGGGCACCUGCUGCCGGGGCAACCUCUGCAAUGGGGACUCCGUGAUAGAGCCCUUCGAGGCUGCGGCCGCUUCUCCGCGGGCACUCCCUUCGGUGGCCCAGCUUCUUCUAGCGUCCCUGCUGGUGGGCGCGCUGGGAGGCUCCCUUGGGCUCUCCUAG